AUGUCGGGCCUUCGAAAUGGCCGGAUCGCCUCCACCGCCUAUAAGGCGUUAUCUACACAGUCUCCAUUCGUCGCGUCGGUCUCGAGAGCAGGUGCCGUCUCUCACCGCGAGCCGGCCGCGCCGGAGGAUGCGUCUCCCCUCUCGGUCCUUCCUGCUGGGGCGCUCUGCCGCUCGCUCUUUACAAACACCGUCUCAUCCACGCCUUGGCUGCUCUCGCCAGCCAUCUAUUUCCUCUCACAUCUCUGCCAGCCGCGCCGGCCACUACUCUUUGAUGUCCAGCGCAACCGGCCCCUCGCCUGGCUCAUGAAGCAGACUGUUUAUAAGCAGUUUUGUGGCGGGGAGACGCCCGCCGAGACCAAGCAGACGAUGCGCCGCAUGCGGGACAUGGGCUUCCGCGGGACCAUUAUCACGCUGGCCACGGAGACGGUGUUUGACUACAGGAAGAACCUCGUCCACGGGCUGGGAGUUGAGGCCGGGGCCGGAGAGGGCGCUGCGACGUGCCCGGCUAUCGCAUCAUGGCGAAAGCGGACCCUCGGAGCCGUCGAGCUCCUCGAGGAAGGGGAUCAGCUCGCCAUCAAAAUCACAGGAGCGGGACCGCUCGUCACAGACGCCUUAGCCGCUGGAGAGCCUCUCCCGCAACAGAUGCUGGACGCCCUGGACGAAAUCAGCGCGCGGUGCAAGGCGCAGCAGGCACGCAUCCUCAUCGACGCCGAGUCGCAGCUCUACCAGUUCGGCAUCCUCGAGGUGGGCCUCGACCUGAUGCGCAAGUACAACCGCGACGGGCACGCCGUCAUCUACAACACCUACCAGGCGUACCUCAAGAGCACGCCCGCGUCCGUGGCCGGGCACCUGGCGGCAGCGCUAGAGGGGGACUUCACGCUGGGGCUCAAGCUCGUGCGCGGCGCGUACCUGGCGACGGACAAGCGCAGCCUCAUCCACGACACCAAGCAGGACACGGACGCGGCGUACGACGCCAUUGCGCUGGGGGCGCUGCGCCAGGACCUUUUUGGAUUCGGCGGCGUCGAGAAGCACGAGGAGGCACGGCGGCCGUUCCCGUCGGUGAACCUAUUCCUCGCGAGCCACAACAAGGAGAGCGUAGUCGCGGCGCAUGAGCUGCACCGGCAGCGAUCAGAGCAGGGCCUGCCGACGGUGCCGGUCGGGUUCGCGCAGCUGCAGGGCAUGUCGGACGCACUGAGCUUCGGGCUGCUGCGGCUCGGCGGCGCGCCCGAGGUGUACAAGUGCACGACGUGGGGGAGCCUGGCCGAGUGCCUGGGCUACCUAGCGCGGCGCGCAUCGGAGAACCGGGACGCAGCGUCGCGGACGAGCGACGAGUUUGCGGCGCUCAGGGCCGAGGCGCGGAGGCGGGUUGGGCGGCUGUUGAGGUUGCAGGGUUAA